AAAAUCUAACUUCCUAAGUCACAGCCCCGAGUUCCCUCUUCCAACUCAGCUCACAAGCCAGACCACGCAUCCUGCGAUCAGCCUUCCUUCGACCAAUCCACGCGGAUCGGCUCACUGCUUCUCUGCCAGCUCACAAACGCACAGCCAACGCCUCCAUUCCAUCGCCGCCUCGCGACGCCAGCCAGCCAGCCAUGAUGGCUUCCACUGCGGUGACGACCGUGGCGCACAUGGCGCUCGCGUCAGCGACCAUGGCGGCCGUUUUCGUCUUCUGCGACGGGUCGCUCUUCGGGUACCAUCCCGCGGCCCUCGCUCUCGGCUUCGUCUUCCUCAUGGGCGAGGGUGUCAUUGCCGCUGCUGUAGGCAAGGGCCGGCAGCGCCCUCUUUGGAUCAACAUCCACGCCCUGCUUCAAGGCCUGGCCGGCGCAGCUGUAGCAGGAGGAAUCACCGCCAUCUACCUCAACAAGGAGCGCCUGGGGAAGCCCCACUUUGCCACCCUCCACUCCAGGCUCGGCCUCGCAGCGCUGGCCCUCUUUUUGGGCAUUGCCAUGGGCGGUGCAGUUGUGAAAUAUCUGCCUGGGAUGGGAGUAGUUGAGAUGGCGCGGCGUGCUCACAAGCAAUUUGGCGCGGUGGCAUUCUUCAUGGGCGUGGCGGUGUGCAUCAAUGGGCUGAGACUCACCAACCCCGCCAGCCCCGUGUACAAGGGUACGCUUUCCAUGGCGGUGGGUGGUUUGCUGCUGCUGGCAGCUGCUGCUGUGCUGCUGCAACUCCUGCUGGCGCCCUCCUCUGGGCCCAAGAUGACCAAGGGUAGGAGAGCACCCAAGGCAGAUUGAAAUAGGUACUACUAGUGUAAACUGACGCAACAUAUACUGUAUCCUGCUUCAUGGCAAUAAAGGGACUGUUAUAGU